AUGAACUCCAAAGUCUUGCUUCCAGAGUGUGCGCCGCCGCCACACGCUGGUCCGCGCAACAUCGAGACAGGCGGGUGCGCAAAGAUCCUGGAGUAUGCCAACUGGCUGGGCAUGGAUGUGGAGAAGGAGAGGGAGCUGCUCUGGAUCGCUCGAGAGGGUCUCAAGGCGCCGCUGCCGCAGGAAUGGAAGCCCUGCAAAACCCCCAAUGGAGACAUCUACUACUUCAACUUUGCAACCGGGGAGAGCAUAUGGGACCACCCCUGCGACGGCUUCUACCGGAACCUGUACCAGCAAGAGAAAGCCAAGCACACGGCGGGCCUGCAGCAGGGAGACGCACACCAGCAGCGGGGCCAGCAGGCGCACUUGCAGCAGGAGAUGGUUGCUCAGGCGCACCAGCAGCUGUUUCAGCAGGCACAGCAGCAACAGCAGCAACAGCAGCAACAGCAGCAGCAGCCGCAGCAGCAGCAGCAGCAGCAGCAGCAGCAGCAGCCACUUCUGCAUCCACAGCAGCAGCAACUGGUGCAGGCGGCAGCGCAGCAGCAAACCUUCCAGCAGCAGCAGCAGCAGCAGCAGCAACAGCUGGCAUCGCAACAGCAGCUGGCCGCACAGCAACACGCCCUGAUCCUGCAGCAGCAGCAGCAGCAGCAGCAGCAGGCGCAACAGCAGCAGCAGGCGCAACAGCAGCAGCAGGCGCAACAGCAGCAGCAACCCCGCGCGCUGGGCGGGGCGCUGGGCGGCGCCCAGGCGGCGUCGCAGGUGUCAGAGUGGCGCGUCGCUGAGGAGGUGUCGGAUCAGGAGCAGCGGCGGCGCGUCAGGCAGCGGUUGGAAGAGGAGCGCGGACGCUGGGAGCGCCAGCUGCAGGCCGAGGCGCAAGAGCAGCGCGCCGCGCUCGACGCCGCGCACGCGCAGCGGCUCUGGGCGCUGCGGCAGGAGUACUCCGAGCGCGAGCGCGCACACGAGCAGCAGCUGGCUGCCGAGGUGCAGGAGGCCGCGCGGCGGCGCGAGGCCGAGGCGGCAGACGCGCAGGAGGCGGCGCUGGCGGCACUGGUAGAGCGCCAGCGCGCCGCGCUCGCCGAUGCGCAGGCCGCGCUCGCCGCGGCGGCGGCGCCCGCGGGCCGCGCCGCGGGCGGCGCCGACGGUGUCCGUGAGAGCGUGGAGGAGGCGGCGCGCGAGCGGGCCGCCGCGGAGGGCAGCGCGCUGCUGCGGCGGCUGCUGGAGGAGCAGCGGGCGCGGAUCGAUGGGGAGGUCGCGGCCGAGGGCGAGCGCUACCGCGCGACCGCGCGCGCGGAGCUGCUGCAGCGGCUGGGCGGCGAGCUGGACGGCGCGCUCGCCGACGCGGCGGCGCGGCUCGAGGCGCGGCGGCGCGAGCUCGAGGAGCUGGACGGCGCGGUCGCGGCCAAGGCGGCGCUGCUGCUCGAGCUCGAGCAGCGCGCGGCGGGGGCCGCCGCGGCGGCGGGGCAUGACGGUGGCGCAGGCGAUCCGCGGCGGCGGGCGGAGGAGGAGCAGGAGCAGCAGCAGCGGCUCGCCGCGCUGCAGCGCCAGGUUCGGGCAGAGCAGGACGCGCUGGCCGCGGCCGAUGCGGAGCUCGCCGAGCGGCGGCGCCGCGCGGCGGAGGCCGAGGCGUCCGCGUCGGCCGCCGAGGCGGCGGCCGCCGCGGCCAAGCGGCAGCUGGCCGGCUUGGAGGCAGAGGCGGUCGCGGCCGCGGCGGAGCAGCAGGCCAGCAAUGCGGAGCUGGCGUUCGCGCGGCGGCGGCUCGAGUCGCUGAAGGACGACUGCGCGCGCCGGCAGACGGCCCUGGAGGCGCUCGACCGCGAGGUCUCCGCGCGCACCGCGCAGCUGCAGCGGCUCGCCGCCGACGUCGCCGGCCGCAAGGCCGAGUCGGGGCGCCUCGAGGCGGGGCUGAGCGACGCGCUGCGGCGCAAGUCGGACGCCGAGUUCGAGGCCGCGGAGCGGCGGCUCGAGCGCGCCAAGCGCGCCCUGGACGAAACCGAGGCCGAGCUCGCGUCACGCAAGGCGGCGCUGGCGGACGCCGCGGCCGACCUGGGGACCACGUCCGCGGCGCUGAAGCAGGCGGACGCGGCGCUGGCAGCGCGCAGGAGCGAGCUGGCGGGCGUGUCGCAGCGCCUGGACGCUGCCGCUCGCGACAGCUACGCCGCCGCAAAGGGUCUGCUGACGGAGGAAGAGCUGCGCUUGCUGGAGAGCGAGCGGCGCGCCAUGGAGCUGCGCGUGGGGGCGCAGAUCGAGGCCGAGGAGGCGCGCGCACUGGCGGCGGCGCGGCGGCGCAUCGAGCGGCAGGCGGAGCAGGAACAGGUGCACGACUGGCUCGACUCCCACAGCGCACCCAGCAUGCGCCGCGGCAUGGGAACUGCGUCCGCGCACGGCGAGCGGCGAGCGCCCGACGCCGCCCAGCCCCCACAAAAAGGCGGCAGCCGCGCCUCGACGCUGCGGCUGCCGCAAAAGCCUGAGCAGGACGCGCCCGGCGAGGGCGCGGCUGAGGAGGGUGGGCGGCGGAGCGCCGCUGAUCGCGGCGGCGUGCCUGCACGGGAGCCCGGCGGGAGCGAGCGGGAUGACGGACUGCGGCGGCUGCGGCCGCUGCGCACCAGCACCAGCAGCGACAGCGGCAGCGGCAGCAACGACAGCAGCAGCGGCAGCGAGGCGGACGAGGACGGGGGCCGGCGCAACGCGCGCAGCCAGCGCCAGCCCGCCGCCCGCCGCGGCUCCCGAGAGCGCUGCGCGCGCCGCAGCCGCGCGUCGCCGCCGGCCGCCCGGCAUAGCAACGGGUCGGCGGGCGCGGCGGCGGCGGCGGCGGCGGCAGCACUUGAGGCCUUGGGGCUCGACCUGCGCCACUACGGCGCCCUGCUGUCCCGCGCGCGUGCAUUCCUGCAGCAGCAGCGCCGCUUCGUGCGGGAGCGGCAGGAGGCAAUCCUGGCCGCGCAGGCGCAGUGGCGCAGCGACUACGAAGCGCUCGAGGCGCGGCGGCGCGGCGACGGCGACGGCGCGGGCAGCGGCGGGGCGGAGGGCGGCGGCGGGGGCUCGGCGGCGGCGGCGGCGCAGCUGCGGCGCGUGAAGGGCGUGCUGCAGCAGCAGGUGCACGAGCUUAACGGCAAGACGCGGCGGCUCAAGGCGCUCAAGGCGCAGGUGAAGGACCUGGAGAGCCAUGUCACCAUCCUCAGCCACCGCGCGCAGGCCAUGCGCGAGGGCAGUGCGCCCCCACCUGGGGCGGCGCCCACCUGGCCGCCGCAGCACCAACUGCGCGGCAGCUGCAGCCGCAACGGGUUGGCUGACUCCUGGCCUCUCCUGCAGCAGCAGCAGCCACCCGGCAGCUUAGCCCAUGCCCUGGGCUCGCUGGGUGCCGCGGGCGGCGGCAGCCUGGGCGGCGACGCGGGCGUGUCGGACUCGUUCUGCCGUAUACGCGCGGCCCUGGAGGGGGCGCUGAUCGCAGCCAGCGGUCACCUGAGCGCCACCGCGCCUGCUGACCGGUACUCACACCAGCCGCUGGACGGCUGGGGCCCCGCUGGCAGCAGCUGGGGUCUGGGCACGCUGGUGCACAGCCGGCCAGGCCUGCGCAGCGGGCAAGGUUUCGGCACGCAUCAGCACCACCCUCGGCAGCAGCAGCAGCGGCAGCAGCCGCCAGCCUUUUGGGGCACAUGGGUGCAGGAUGGCGAAGCAGACCAAGCGGAAGCGGAGCCCUGGACAGCAGUGGUGCCGCCCCAGGGCCCGCACGCGUCGGGCGAGGCAGUCGAUGCUAGCGGGGGUCCCCGAGACCGACAGCCGGGCCGGGAGCAACAGCAGCAGCCGCAGCAGCAGCAGCCGUGGGAGCAGGACGCCAUGCUGCACGGCGGGACCAGCUAUUCCAGUCUGGACUUCCUCACACGAUGGAAGGACGAGCGGGAGAUGGGCCAGGCGAUGCUGCGUGAGCACUCACACUGGCUCAAGGGCUUCCGUGAGCAGCUCGCCGCCAGCGGCAGGGCGGUUGGUGCGGUGCGGUGA